UCAGUCGUCGGAUUACCGUCAAACUGCUCGGACGUUAUCAAAAUCCACCUGAUUUGUUUUUUUUUUUUUCAUUUUUUUUUUUUCUUCAAUCAGUAUUUCAUUAAAUAUUCGAAAAAAAAAAAAAAAAUUAUUUUAAUUACAAAUAAUACCUCAAAAUGCAGUGGCUAAUUACUUUGGUAUUUUUAAUCCUAGGUAUUCAUGUUACAUUGCAAAGUCCAGAUGGAUGGGGAUACACAGAUAAACAUGGACCAAAAACGUGGGAAGGUAUUUGUCAACUUGGUACUCGUCAAUCACCUAUUGACAUUGUUGAUGAUGACACCCUUGAAGCUGAUUUAGGACCACUUGAAUUUAUAAAAUACGAUCAUCUGUAUAAUGCAACAGUCACAAAUAAUGGACAUACUAUUCAAGUUGCGUUGAAAGGACAGCCUUUGUUAUCUGGUGGUGGAUUAGAGACAAAUUAUCAACUGGAUCAAAUGCAUUUUCAUUGGGAAGCUGAACAUACAAUUAAUGGUUAUCGUGAUCCAUUGGAGCUACAUCUUGUUCAUUAUAAUAAAAAAUAUAACAAUUUUACAACUGCUUUAAAACAUGAAAAUAGUAUCAGUGUUGUUGCUGUUCUUUUUGAGAAAAGUGAGGUAGAUAAUAAACACUUACAGCCAAUAAUUGAUGCUGCAAAACAAGUAUCAAAUUGGGAAUUAAAAAGUAAAAUAGAUAUAGAUGUACAAGGUACAGUACUUCCAACAUUAUUUAUACCUGCUGAUAGAACAAUGUAUUAUCGUUAUGAUGGAUCAUUAACAACACCAACUUGUCAAGAAAUUGUAACAUGGUUUAUUAUGACUGAAAAAUUACCUGUAUCUGUGUCUCAGCUUCAUGUAUUGAGAAAUAUUAAAAACAAUGAGGGUCCAGUAACAAGUAAUUUUAGACCAACACAAAAUCGUUAUCAUCGUAAAGUUUAUCAUCAUCUGCAAGGUUAUAUCUCAAGUCAACAAAAAAUUUUAUCAAAUUCAGUUUACAUAAUUUUAAUUGUAUUUUCAAAUAUUCUAGUCUUUUUAUAAAAUUAAAUUAUAAAAAAUUAUCAUUAGGAUGAUUUUAUUUGACAUUUGUCUAGUCUUUAAAAUCGCCAAAUAUUUUAGCUGUUUUUUCUUAAAAAUAAGCUGAUAUUUAUGACAAAUUAAAAAAAAAAUCAAAAUAUUAUUUUGUUAAUACAUGCACAUCAAACAAAAUCAUUAUUAAUUUUCUUAAUUCUAGCUUUUCUUCUUUUACAUUUGAACGUUUCAAUUUCAUUUUGAUUAUUAUUAUUUUGACGUUGUUGACAAUUUUUAGUUAUAAAUUCAAUUUCCAAUGUACGAUAAUGAGGCCAAUUUUUAGAUUUUAUUUGUUGUAUAUCAUUAGCAAUACUUUGAACAUUAACAACAUAUGUACAAUUUUUUCUCAGGCCUUUGAUAUUAUAAUGUGUUUUCUGUUAAGAAAAAAAGAGAAAUAAUAAUGUUUUUAUAAUAAUUAUAAAUAAAUAUAUUAAAAUAAUAAAGUAAUACUAACUUGAGUGAUAUA